AUGCCUGCCAUCGAGAGGACCUUCAUUGCCGUCAAGCCUGAUGGCGUUCAGCGCGGCCUUGUUGGCAACAUUAUUGCCCGCUUCGAAGCUCGUGGCUUUCGCCUCGUUGCCCUGAAGCUCGUCCGCCCUGGCAAGGAGCACCUUGAGCAGCACUAUGCUGAGCUCAAGGACAAGCCCUUCUUCCCCGGCCUCAUCGAGUACAUGAACAGCGGUCCCAUUGUCGCCAUGGUUUGGGAGGGUCUCGACGUUGUCAAGACUGGCCGCGCCAUGCUUGGUGCCACCAAUCCUCUUGCUUCUGCUCCAGGAACCAUUAGGGGCGACUAUGCCAUCGCUGUGGGGCGUAAUGUGGCACAUGGUUCUGACAGCGUUGAGAACGCUGAGAGAGAAAUUGCGUUGUGGUUCAAGCCGGAGGAGCUUGUUGACUGGGAGCAGUCCCAGAAGGCCUGGAUCUAUGAGUAA